AUGAUGUUUGUAAGGAUGCCUAGGAAACCAAGGUAUAACAUUAUACGGGAACCCCCGAAAGAUGCUGGAACUAAUGCCGGUACUGAAGAGGCAACGAUUAGUGUUUCACAUUGUGUUAAGGUUGAGUCUACGACUAGAGGAGCUCAGACAUCACGGGAGCAACCACGUGAUAGGGCUCCUCCGAUUUCAUCCACAGCUAACAGAGCUCCGACAACCCGUAUGAAUGAACCAUUUCGUGCACCUCGCAUCGAUCAUAGUAAUGCACAGUCGAGUACUGAAAAUGACCCUCAAACUCCAACGGACAACAUAGAGACUCGGCAUUGCGCUGAAGUGGCUGAUCGUGAAUUGGAGGAUGAGGAUUAUGACCCAGAGGCGGAUGAAGUUCCGUUGUUUGAUGACCACAUUGACGACUUGUUUGCUGUCCAAGAAGUCGAAGGUCAGCAUAACAAUAAGAAAGCCAAAGAUACAGAUUUCUGGGAAGUUAUUGUUAUCGAGGACGGCGUGAGAAAAGUUUCUAAGCUGAGCGUGAAGGAGGCUAUAGCCCUCCCUUCCAAUACAAAGAUAGAACUGCCAUUUAACAGUCAGCUGCAACCGAUUGGUCAGCGGGUCUUUCACUAUGAGGACGAUGCCGGAGGAAAAAUAAAGAGCGAUAUGUUGAAGAGGAUAGGAAAGAACUGGAAGGAUACAAGGAACCACUUGUUUCAUAUGUGUUACAAACAAAUUCGGACUUAUGAGGAAAAUCUCAAGCAUCACCCUGCAGGAAUAGACAAAAAUGAUUGGAAAAAGUUCGUUGACUAUCGCCUAAAAGAAGAAACACAGAAAAAGUGUAAACAGAACGCUUUAAAUCGGAGCAAGCAACUUUACACACAUAUUGGGGGCUCCAAAACAUUGGCAAGAAAAAAAGACGAAGUGGAAGCAAUUGCGAAUGUUGAAAGGCAGGAUGGAUCCUCUAAGCACCUUUCACAAAAUGACUCGCUAUCACAAGUUCUCGGAAAGGAGCACCCAGGACGAGUUCGUGUUCUAGGUGCUGGACCAUGUCCCACCCAAGUCUUUGGUAAUGCGGCUGGACAACCGUUGGGUUCUGCAGAGUCAAAUGCAGAGGAUAAGAGGAUGAUUGUAGAAUUGACGGCUAAGCUAGAAGAAGAGCGGGUGAAGAGACAGUUAAUACAUAAGGUCUUGGGAUAUGUAGUCCAACAGUUAGGAGGCAAUUUGCCAAUUGAGAUUGCUGUAGAGAUGGCUUCUUUGGGCGGUACACUAGACUCUUCAUGCGCAGGGCCAUUUUCAUCUGGCAAUCAAGACCCACAACAAAAAUCUUGA